AGGAAAACAAGACCCAUUCGAGAUGGAAAAGUGACAAAAAAAUUAUUUUGACAUUAUUUUAUCAGUUUUAUAAAGAUGAAAACAUGGAUGUCCCUGAUAGAACCGGGCUGCCCUCCACCAAAGAGCUGUUUUCCUGUCUCACCGACUGUCAUCAGUCUUUACUCACAGGAUCGAGUCCAAAACUCAGCGACCAUGAAGUCGGGAGGCUGAUUUUCUGCGGAGUUUGUGGACAGGAUCCGGGAGGGGACACACAGGAAGGCGCAGAAAGCAGCAGGUGGGAGCUGACAUGCUUGAGUCUGACGCUGCUGAAGAAGAUCUGCUGCUCGGUGUCUGAUCGGAGCCUCCAUGCAGACAUCCUCAGCCUGCUGCUGGGACACAUGGACCUCAUGCCUCAGCUGGUGCGUCUCUUCCAGGAGGAGGAUCAGGUGAUCUCACACCUGGCUGCUCAGAGCGCUUCUGUCUGCGUUCUCUACCUGCUGGAGACAUCAGGAACGGUGAGUCCUGCUUGGCAGGAGAAGUGUGUGCGGGUUUUCAGCAGCUCUCAUCCUGGUCCUGAACUAGACGCCUGCCUCUGGUCGCUCACUAACGUCCUCAAAAAGCUUCUCAAAAAGUCACAUCAAGCGCUCCUGGGAGACGUGGCGGCAGCGUUUGACGGCAGCCUGACUGCUUUUUGUUCAAAGCUGCUACAUGAGGACAGGAUAGAGGAGAGCUGGAGCGGAACGACGUUCUGCCUCCUGUUGGACCUGCUGGAGGCGCUGUCUGCGUCAGGAUUGAUCUGUGGAGCGGGGGUCUGCCUAACAUGCCAGAAAAUACCCAUAAGCCACUCUGCAGCCCUCCUGAUGGCCGUCAGCCGGCGCUCUGAGUACUUUGUGAAGAAGCGAACCCUGCUGCUCCUCAAGAGGGUUCUCCUUCAGAAGCCUGGAGAGGACUGGUCCCUGGAGGGGGUGCUGUCUGCUGUAGGGGGACGUUCCAGCUCCGACCGCAGGGUGCUGGCUCAGAGCGUACUGAAGGCCGUGGCUGAUGGCUGGCUGCACAGCGUUCAAGUAGAAGACGCAGUUUUCUUUGGAGGGGCCCGACGGGGCCGAGAAAACGAAGGUCUGAAAGGGGAUGGGACAAUGCUGAGGGCGGUGAGCCUUAUUCUUCUCAAGUCUGUAGAGCUUCACCUCCAAACGGGUGCAGAAGGAACGGACAGUGCGGCAGAGGUCAACUCAUAUCUACAGAGCCUGUGGAGCUUCUUGAGGCGCUGGCGUGCUGCUCAGGCUGAAGUCACUCACCCUUGCAGCUGGAUCAGCCUGCUGUUUGGAGAACAGGAUGAUGACUUAAUGGAAGCAGCCAGUGCUUCCCUUUCAAUAUUCCUCAGCUGCAGACGGUCUUCAGGGCUGGAGGAUCAUGCCACCAUGGAGGCCGCCUGUGCCUCUGGAUGCAACCCUCAUUGCCACUUUCUGCUCCUGCUGCAGAGCCUCUCCUUUGAUCACAGCAUCCUCCUUGACUUCCUCAUCUCCUCAGAGACCUGCUUCCUUGAAUACUUUGUUCGCUACCUGAAGUACCUUAGAGGAGACUGCCGGGGCUUUACUGCAGCGUGUAAAGCCCUUUCUGACACCCAUGGGUCAGAGGCUCGUAGCCGAGGGCUUCGGCUGGUAGAGUACGACAGUUCUGAUGAGUCGAGUGAAGAUACCCCUGAAAGAGACAAACUGUCUGGAUCAACAGCUGCAGAAGUGAAGCUACAGAGUGAAUCGGUGAGCUCAGCUGCAGCAGUUCUGUUGGAUCAGGACGUAUGCCCUACUUUGGACAGAGCUGUAUCCUGUUUGUCGGACCUCAGAGAGGUGGUGACGAAGCUGCAGGCGAAGAAACUCUUCCCGUAUAACCCCUCAUCACUCCUGAAGCUUCUAGCAGCAGUAGAAAACCUUCAUCAGAGCUCACCACUUUCACUUUGACAACAAGAAACGUCUAAUGUAAAAUAAACUAUUUUGUUAAAACUAU